CACAGUCCUUUGGGAGUGCUCUAUAUAACAGAAAAUGAUUCUACUCCCCUUUUCCUUCCUUUUUCCCCGUUCUCCAUCUCAAUCAUCAUCUUCCACGGCUCAUUGCUCCAUAAAAAUCGAACUGCACAAACCCUAGAACAGACUUAAUGGGUCGUUCUCAUUUGGGUUUUGAACAUCUGGGUCGAGAUCGAAGUCUCACUAAACCCACUAGCAGCUUUGCCUGCUUUGGUCCCCCCAUGAUCUGAUUAGGUAGAAAGCAAGCCUGGGUUUUUAGUUAGCAAAAAGAGUUCUUUCAUUCUUUGGAUGGUUCAUUGUAUAAGACUCUAUUGAUUGACAAGUUAAGACUGGGUUUUUGACAUGGCUAGGCGUCACGGGUGGGAGCUACCUGCUCACACGUUUCAGGUUGUGGCCAUAACAGUAUUUUUCUUGCUAUGUGUUGCGUUUUAUGCAUUUUUUGCUCCCUUUCUUGGAAGGGCGGACAUAUAUGAAUACGUGGCCCUUGGUGUCUAUUCCCUCUUGGUAAUCAGCGUAUUUAUUCUCUAUGUUAGAUGCACUGCUAUUGAUCCUGCUGAUCCUGGAAUUUUGGUUGAAGCUGACAAGACAUCAGCCCAUAGAUCGCAGAAUGGCACAGAUUUGACUGGGAAUGCAUCUGUUGAGGAGCCUAGCAAGGAAGGACUAGGGGAUGCAGGAACACCUUAUAGGCACAGUUCAAGCUGCUGUUCAAAAGUUGGAGGACUCUUUUGCGGUUGUCUUGUUCGGGAAGAUUGUCGCAAAGAUGAUGAUCUUUUGCUGGAACAAUCUGGAGAAGAAGAUGGUUUAUUCUGUACCCUGUGCCAUGCUGAGGUACGCAAAUUCAGCAAACAUUGCAGAAGCUGUGACAAGUGUGUUGAUGGAUUUGAUCAUCACUGCCGGUGGUUAAAUAAUUGUGUGGGGAGGAAAAAUUAUAUCACAUUUGUUUGCCUCAUGGGAAUGAGCCUGUGUUGGCUUGUUGUUCAAUUUGGGAUCGGCAUUGCCGUCCUUGUCCGGUGCUUUGUUGAUCGAAAGGCCGUAGAACAUCAAAUAACUGAAAGGCUUGGAGAUGGAUUUUCCCGGCCCCCCUUUGCUAGUGUUGUGGCCCUAUGUACAGCUGUUUCUUUACUUGCUGUUGUGCCUCUAGGAGAACUGUUCUUUUUCCACAUGAUUCUGAUACGAAAGGGUAUCACAACAUAUGAGUAUGUUGUUGCGAUGAGGGCACAGAGUGAACCUCCUGGACCCUCGGUAGAUGGAGAAGACCAGCAUAGUUUGCCUUCUUCACCAACAAGUUCUGCUGUGACUGCAAUUAGUGGAAAAAGCUCUGUCGGGAUGGGCCUGCAGUAUAAAGGCGCUUGGUGUACACCACCAAGAAUCUUUAUGGACCACCAGGAUGAAAUCAUCCCGCAUCUGGUGCCUGGACGUCUACCAUCUACAGUAGAUCCAGAUGCAGUACAGCCAAAUGACAAGGGAAAACUACCCUCUCGUCCAGUCCGAAUCAGUGCAUGGAAGCUUGCAAAAUUGGAUUCAAAUGAAGCGGUCAAAGCAGGUGCUAAGGCCAGAGCUUCAUCUUCAGUCCUACGCCCAGUUUCUUCUCGACAUCACCCUUACGAUGGUGAUCACUUUUCGAGUAGCAAUGUGAGCGGAAGAAGCAGUCCAGUCGGCACCAAUCAGGGAUUCCACGAUCGACGCUCUAAAUCAGGAAAAUCAAUGGUAUCUUCUUCCAAAAACUCGUAUCCUCCUAGUCGCGCAAGCUGCGAAGAUCUGGAAACUUGUGCUCACAGCCUAAGUAACCUAAGUAGUCCGAAUCGCACCAUCAACAUGACCCCUUCUCCGUUGGAUCAGCAGACUUCUAACAAAGAUCAUUUCAACCCAAUGUAUCACUCAUCAGGGAAUCAGUCUCCCUGGCCAACAAAGGCAAGUAAUGUGAAUGAAACUACUGUCACUGAAAAUGUAUCGCGAUUACCACCUAUGAGGCAAAAUAGCUCGGCUGCUGCUGUAGUUUGGGAUCAGGAAGCCGGGCGAUUUGUCUCUGCAGCGACAAGGAGCACCGUUGGUGGUUCUUCUCAGGUUUCUGGAUCUGAGCUUUUGUAUACGAGUCAAUCUAUAUUUUAUGGCGGGCCUCUUUUGAAUGAAUCGAAUAGAGGGUUGAGAAGUGGAAGCUCCAUAUCUGCUGCUGCUCCACAGAGAGGUCCUGCGUCAAGUUAUUACCAACAGGGUAGAUCGCAGAGGGGUGGCCAGCUUCCGGUUUUCGUUCCCAGUGAUUCCCAGCAAAACCAGUUUUCUUCUAGAUUGCCAUGAGACACGAAUUUUUCUUUCCCGGGUUAUAUAUGUAGAGCUAGAUAAUGUAGAGCUAGAUUCAAUGUUUUCAGUUUUUUGAAGAUUCUAUUUUGUUUUACAGAUUUUGUAUGACAGGUAUUUGUACAAUCCUUAUUUGUCGGACAGGCCUACUCAA